AUUAUUCAACGGGGUGGCAAGGAGCGACAACACCGUAAACCUCCGAAUCUCUCCCCAAGAAAUUGCCGAGAAUGAAAGGGGUGCAAUGACCACAUCAACUUCCUCCUCCUCCACCGAGGAACUCAAAUUCUACACCCACCGCCAAGAAACCAUCUCUGGAACUCUAAUCCCAAGCCUCUACGAACAUCUUCCAUACAGUAAUCCCAUAUACAGUCGGAUGCUCGCUCCCCAUAACACACCUUCCAGACACUGUCUCUUCGCCGCCACCUUUCCUCCCCACGCUCCAAUUCCCGAAUUCUACACCAUCAUCUUCUCCGAUCGAUCCCGCAAAAACGAAUCUCAGAUCUGGGUCUUCAAUCCUCUGAUCAUGCCUUCCUAUGAACAACCUCUCUCCAAUGAACAUGCAUCUCUUCUCUCCACACACCUUAAACUCGCCCUUGUUCAUCACAAAUUCUCUAACACAUCUCUCAUCCCAAACAUCAACACCAACACCAACAUCUGCCCCCUAAUCCCUUACCACACCCGCUGGAACCUCUAUCUCAUCCACACAGCGCGCUCUUCCAAUCUCCCACCCCCGCAACCCCCAGCCUCCCUCACCACCUCCCGCGUCCCAGCCUCCCACCUCAACCUCGUAAUCUCCACCUCCACCGUCCCCCGCGAACCCUCCACCCUCCUCGCCCAACCCUCUCUCUGUCUCCUCACCCCCGAGUCCGAAAUGGUAGCAUGGGCUUUCAUAGGAAUUGACGGCACCCUGGCAACUCUCUACGUACUUCCUUCUCACCGGGGUCUGGGUCUCGCUACUUAUGUUGCCCGGGAACUCAUUCGUCGUUUCGGGCUGGGGGAAUUUGCGGAUUUGGGGUUUAAUGGGUCAAGUGGCUUUGUACAUUCGGAUGUCAAGGAAGGGAAUAAAGGAAGUGAGGGGGUGAUGAGGGCGUUGGGGGGAAAGAGGAGUUGGGAAAGUAGUUAUCUUUGGGUUGAUUGCGCGGUGGUGGAUGAGGCUUGUGGAUGA